ACGACUGUCUCUCCUCCCCCAUUUCCCAGCCGAUGACAGCGCUGUGUAAAAGUGUAUGACUUAUCCCAGUUGGAACACCCGGAAGCAAGUUCCGAAAGGGAUUUUUUUAACCAACGAUUAGCAUCACCUGGAAAAAAUAGUUUGCAGAUUGAGAAGGGACUUUAGGACUCCACAUAGGAGUUAAUUCACUGAGUCCUACAAGUUGGGCAGGAUGAGCUUCAGUAUACCAGAGGAAAAUGAUGAAUCUUGCUAUGCAGAGGACAUUUCUAGAGAUGCUGACCAAAGGGCUAGAGCAUCUCAGAAUCCCUCUGGCUGUGGUCAGCAGAUGUAUCUUCCAAGUAAAGACACAGGCUAUGGCUCCCAGUCCCCUGAUCGAAUGGGUAUAAAUAACUUGGAAGCUCCACAAACUCUUAUUUCAUACAGUGAUAGCUUGGACCAUGGAAAUAAUCACAGAGAAGAGAGGAGGCAUUAUCCACACUGCAUGCUCAAUGCUAAUGCACCUCUACAGCAGCAGUAUUACCAUGAAACACCCCAGCAGUCAAACUACAAUGUACCACAGCGACAGAUUGCUAUGCCUGUGGGUGCUGUUCCUUACAGAAUGGAUGUAAAUGAGGGGCAGGAAAAUCUGGAUUGUAGAAGGUAUCAAGAGAAUGCCCGAAUCGAACCAAGAGGUGUACUGAAGACUAGCAAUUUACCAGAAGAAAUGCGUAAAGUCUUUAUCACAUACUCUGUAGACACUGCGUGGGAGGUUCUCCGCCUUGCAGAUCUUCUCCGUGCCAAUGGAUUUCAGGCCACUGUGGAUGUACUCGAGGGAUCAAUAAGAGGCAUGGACAUUAUCAGGUGGAUGGAAAGGUACCUCAGUGAUAUGAGCAUCAUGAUAAUAGUAGCAAUCAGUCCACAAUACAAGGUGGACGUAGAAGCUGAUUCAUCCCGUACCGCAGAUGAUCAUGGCCUGCAUACUCGAUACAUACACAAAAUGAUGCAACUAGAGUAUAUAAAAGAAGGAAGCUUGAAUUUCAGAUUUAUUCCAGUGCUUUUCCAAAAUGCCACAAUGGAGCACGUGCCAGCCUGGCUGAGAAACACUAACAUUUAUCGGUGGCCAGAGCAAACAAAGCAUAUCAUCCUGCGUUUAUUACGGGAGGAGGAAUUUAUAACCCCACCUGUCGGAAACUUGCCAUUGCUUCAAGUACAGUCAAUCGUAAGACCUUUAUGAGGGCAAUAUAGCGGGCCUCCAAGGUGUCUUGGUUAAAGUUCUUCACAUGUCAACAAGCUGCUGGGAGGAACCAGAAAUAAUAUCCAGCAUUUAUUUUACUUUUAUGCUUAAUUGGGGUAUUUCUCUAGGGGCGUGAGCAUUAUUGUAGAUGCUUGUUUUUUUUCUAUGUGUCUUCUAUGUAACUAAUAUGAAGUUUGCUUAGUUAUCAUGGCACUUCAUUUUAGUGUUUGCUACAGCCUUCACUUAUACAAAACCGCACACACUUGCACAUCUACAAACUUUUACAUUAGAAUGCAUUAUGCUGCAGACAUUGAUUUUAAGAGAAAAUGUAUUUGAUUUUACUGAAUAGGACAAACUGGUUUGGUGGUAAAAAUGAACAUUUUUCACUUAUGAAUAGGUUUCUAGUCAUUAAAGGAGUACUGUACAUCUCUGUUAGUGCUUAUAAUGACAUCCAUAUUUCAGAAACAUUUUUCUCAAGAUGUGUAAUCCAUAAUCCUGUCACUAGAUGGUGCAAUAAGAUAAAACGUUCUUAUACCUUGUUUUGCUCAUAAAUGUCAUUUAGUGUAGCUGGUAGGCCUGGAAGCAGAAUCCCUUAGCUUUUAAUAUUUGUUUCUAUCGAUAAUUGCACUUUACAAUAACAAUAUAAAUCUUGAUGGAUAAAUCCUUAAAAAUUAUUAUUUUGCAGAUGUUUUAUAUUUUCCAAUUAAAUAAAAAUGAAAGUCAAA